CACAAUUCAGCACCCUAGGAUAGCAAGGAGAGGCUCUGAAACUUCUCAUCUCCAUAGCCCAAAUCCGAACUCAAGCUCAAGGGAGUCCAAGAAGGAAGUUUAAGAAGGAAAAAGCUAGGAAAAAGUGUGAAAAUUAAGGAACUUGAUUUAGGGUAUUUUUGAGCCUCGCCGGAGUUUCGUCGGAGUUGGUCAAAGUUCGCCGGAGUUGGUCAAAGUUCGCCGGAGUUGGUCAAAGUUCAAUCAAGAAAUGUAGAACGCGCUUAAGCUUAAUUAAGAGUUUCAGGUAGAACUUGAAGGUUGCUACCACCAGCCGCUGCUUCGGGAAGUUUCUGAGGAGAAGACUUGGUUCGUGCUUCUCCCAUUCUCGUUUUGACAAAACAAUAUGAAUAAUGCUCAUGGAUAAUAUUUUCUGAAUAAUUACUUUGGGGGCUUGCAUGCCUAAUUAUGCCAAUUGUGGCUUGGACACUUGUAUCAAUUGUUUCCGCUGCUUUAAUAAAUGUUUUACAUUAUGUUUGUUUAUGGAUGUACUAUGUGUGAAUGGUAUUCAAGACGCCUUGUAUAGUAUGGAUGAGUCGGACUGCGGUUGACUAUUCGUACUGUACGGCGGGUUGUUGACGUGUCCGGGUAGGUCCGGGGCGUGACAAUUUAAAUGGUAUCAGAGCCUUAGUCCGUAAACAUCAUAAUGAAGCUUCAAAAUUUCGUUUUGAAAAUGAAUUUGAAAAACCAUGAGCAUAAGUUUUGUACUCAUAGAACCUUUGGUACUUGAGUUGCAAUGCCUCUGAUUGUUAAGAUGGUACCCUUAACAAUUGGUAUGGCGGUGAUUUGAGCCGAAGGAUGUCUUUAAGUACCCGUCCGUCAUUUGACACUCGAUACGAGUCUAACGACUCAUUCUAAUUUCUUUCAGAAAUGGAACCAAUUGGAAGGAUCACUAGAAGGAACCCGUUGGGCCGUGCACCGGGUGGGUCCGAGCGCGGUAGCCGGGGGUCCUCUAGGGGAUCAAGAGGAAGGGGCCGUGGAGGCCAGCGUCAAACCGUGAGCGAUGGCCACGUUGAUACCGAGAGUGAGACCUAUUGGUCCUAUGAGGACUCAACCUACCAGUCGGGGACUGAGCCAGUUGAGACCCCGUACGAAGGGAGUGAUGAUGAUGAGAGUGAUGAGGAGGAAAGUGGCUCCUUGGCCAGAAUCGAAGCGCUGCUCCAACAGUAUCAUCGGGAGCGCGAAGAAAGGAGGGCACGCCGAAGGCACCGUGCAAGGCAACCUUCG